AAUAUAUUGAAAUCGGGCCAAUGCCCACCGUCGGAUCACUCAAAAUACUGCUCACAGCUGGAAGCGUAACCCGCUUGACCAGAUCAAGCACGUGAUCGUCGAACCUGGAUAGAGAUCCCAUACUCUACUACUCUCACCAGUUUCUCCUCCAGCACACUCCUCUUCUUCUGCUGCCCUCUCAAACCCUAAUCUCGGAACUCACUUGCGAGCUCGUGGUCCUUCCUUUCUGCAUCGAAUCUCUGCAAGUCGCACUGCAUUGGUCCUUUAGUGAGUGCUCAUGCCAUUUCCAGUCCUUGAAUUGCUCAUUUGAACAAUCUUGACGAAAUUGCGAUAAAGAAUAAAUGGAUUCAGUACCUGCUGACCCGUCAGCUGUAUCAGCAAAAUCUCCUGAGAUACAACCAACUGCGUCAGUAGAUUCUGGAUCAGAUACUUCUGUGCGUGAUGUGCCAUCAAAGUUGUCUUCUUGGGCUAGAAGUUUCAAAAUCCCUCAGCCACUGACUACCACAGUGGAUGAUUCACCUACUGGGGGUGCUGGAAAAUCAACCUUUUCACGCUUCACAAGCGGUUUCGGGUUGCGUUCAUCUCCAAAAUCACCUCCAGCAAAUGAGGGUUCACCUGAACCUGAGACAUCCCCUGGCUUCAUUGGAACAAUUACCAAAGGUUUAGUUGAUACAUCAAAGAAUGCAGUGAAAGCGGUACAAGUCAAGGCUCGGCAUGCUGUUUCUCAAAAUAAGAGGAGGUACCAGGAUGGGGGAUUUGAUCUUGACAUGACCUACAUCACUGAAAAUAUAAUAGCUAUGGGAUUUCCUGCUGGUGAUAUGAGUUCUGGGUUUUUUGGCUAUGUUGAGGGGUUCUACCGCAACCACAUGGAAGAAGUGAUAAAGUUUUUCGAAAUGCAUCACAAGGACAAGUACAAAGUAUACAACCUUUGCUCUGAGAGGCUUUACGACGCAUCACUGUUCGAAGGAAAGGUGGCUAGUUUUCCGUUUGAUGACCACAACUGCCCCCCGAUUCAACUGAUAAUAUCAUUUUGUCAUAGUGCUUACUCAUGGUUGAAGGAAGAUAUUGAGAAUGUUGUGGUUGUCCACUGUAAGGCUGGAAUGGCAAGGACAGGGCUCAUGAUUUCUAGCCUUCUUCUGUACCUGAAAUUCUUUCCUACAGCAGAAGAGUCCAUUGAUUACUACAAUCAAAAGAGAUGUUUCGAUGGGAAAGGACUUGUUCUGCCCAGUCAAAUUAGAUAUGUGAAGUAUUUCGAGCGUACCUUAACAUACUUCAAUGGUGAAAAUCAGCCUGGGCGAAGGUGCAUGCUUCGGGGAUUUCGGCUUCACCGGUGCCCUUACUGGAUACGGCCUGCUAUAACUGUUUCUGAUCAUAAUGGUGUCCUCUUUUCUUCGAAAAAGCAUUCGAGGACCAAGGACUUAUCGCCAGAAGACUAUUGGUUCAGUGCGCCGAAGAAAGGAGUUAUGGUCUUUGCUCUCCCAGGGGAGCCGGGUCUGGCAGAGGUGGCUGGAGACUUCAAAGUCCAGUUUCAUGACCGCCAGGGAGACUUCUACUUUUGGUUAAACACAACAAUGAUGGAAAACAGAACAAUUUUGAACACUGGCGACAUGGACGGUUUUGACAAGAGAAAACUUCCAUCAGCAGGGUUUCAAGUUGAGGUGGUUCUGGUAGAUGCCAACAAUAGCAAUGUUGCUCCAGCAUCUCUAAACACACCCCCAGCAAAGUCCGAUGAAGGAGGCUCGAGCACUGUUCCUCCCACCUCGGUCGAGACAGCUUCAGCGCCAACCACACCUGCCACCUCAAUGCAAAGCAAAGGCUCCACACCAAGCCCCGACAAGGAUGAUGUAUUUUCAGACAAUGAAGCAGAUGAAUCGGUGUCUUCCAAGAGAAAAGGAGCUGAAGCUAUGACACAACCCAAAGCAACUACUGCAGCAGAUGGGGGAUCUAUUGCAGCGGCGGCCACUGCUAAAACGGAGCAACAAGUUUCGAGUUUAGCAAAAGCGACAGAACAGGUUUCUGUGGCGAAUGCGGCAUCCGAGAAGCCGGUGCACAACACUAAUCAGCCAAAGGGAGGCAGUGACACCUCGGGCGGCGUUGCGUCGAACAGCACGGAGAGCGAGUUCAAAGCAAUGGCUGCUGAUGCAUCUGUGUUCACUUUUGGGGACGAUGAUGACUAUGAAAGUGAUUAAAAUAAGAAAGGAGAACGCAAAUCUCCACUUCUCUUUCUGCUCGGUUCUGUACAUAGUUUAUGGCAAGUUAAGUGGCCAUAGCUUGGUUCUCUGAUUCUGGGUUUGUUGGAACAAAAUGCAGACUUUAGAAGUAAUACUCCCCCUUGCACCAGAUUGUUUUUAUUUGUUUCAUUGGAUUGUGGAGUUUAUUGUACAUAAUUAGAUUCUUAACAAUGUACAUUUUUCUGUCGUAAUGAAAUGAUGGAAGUUGAUCUACUCAUUUGAAGAGAAUGGAAGUUAUGGAUUUAUACUCA